AUGUUAGAAAUCAUCGAAACGGAGCUCACGCAAAUCUCCAAAGGAUUUGCGAUCAUGGGCGGAUUCAUUGUAAUUUACGGCCUCGUUAGCUAUAUGGUAAAAGAGCGCUUGUACCUCUCGGAGCCUUUGCUCGCCAUGACACUAGGCAUUAUUGUCGGGCCUCAUGUCCUGAACUGGGUCAACCCGUUCGAGUGGGGCGACACCGAGACGUACCAUGAAGUUACGUAUCAGCUUGCGCGCAUCGUCGUUGGCGUGCAAGUCCUCUUCACUGGCAUCCUCCUUCCCGACAAGUAUCUCUGGAAGCAGUGGAAGAGUCUCUCGGUCCUGCUAAUUCUGAUCAUGACCACCGCCUGGUUCGUCACUGCGCUCUUUGUGUGGGCCAUGGUCGACGGGCUGACGUUCCUGGAAGCGCUGUGCAUUUCGUCGGCCGUGACGCCGACGGACCCGGUGCUGGCCAACUCGAUUACGUCGGGUCGCUUUGCCGAGGAGCACGUCGAAGAGCGCGUGCGUCACAUUAUUCUGGCAGAGAGCGGCGCAAACGAUGGCCUGGGCUUUCCGUUUUUGUUCCUCGCUGUGUUUCUCCUGGCGCGCACGCAUGCCGACUACGGCACAUCGAUUGGCGAGGAGGUCGGGCGCUGGAUCUACAGCGUGCUCAUCUACCAGAUCCUUCUUUCGUGCGUAUAUGGCGCGGUGAUGGGCUACGUCGCACGCAAGACGCUGCGUUGGGCGGCCGAGCACAAGCUGAUCGACAUGUCGAACUUCUUCAGCUACGGCUUUGGCCUCGCCAUCUUUACGCUCGGCACGGCGGGCCUGUUUGGCACCGACGAUAUCCUCGCCUGCUUUGUGGCCGGCAACUCGUUUACGUGGGACGACUGGUUCCGCCUGCGCCAGGAAGAGAGCGACUUUCAGGAGAUUAUCGACAUGCUGUUUAAUACGGCCAUCUUUAUCUACAUCGGCAUGAUCAUCCCCUGGAAGGACUACAGCGAUGCGAUGAUCGGUCUGAGCGGCUGGCGCAUCGUCGUCCUCGGCAUCCUCGUGAUCCUCUUCCGCCGCCCACCCUGGGUCGUGCUUUUCUACAAAAUCAUCCCCGCGCUGCACCACUGGAAAGAGGCCGUGUUCGCCGGCUGGUUCGGCCCGAUCGGCGUCGGCGCGGUGUACUACAUCGAGGUGGCCAUCCGCAAGGUGCCCGACGACGGCACACGCGAGCACCUACGCCGCGUCGUAAACCCGGUCGUGCUCUUUUGCGUCUUUUCGUCGAUUGUCACGCACGGCUUCACCGUCCCAAUCGUCUACUUUGGGCCCGGCGUCGUGCGUCACACGCGCACGCUCACGCGCGCCUCGACGACGGUCAGCCCAAGCCCCAAGCGCUCGUGGAAGGAAUUCUUUUCGCACUACUUUGACGAAAAGGAGCCCGUGGACGAGGAGGCGGACGCCGCACCCGACGCAAGCAACGCCCACAAGCCCGGUGGUAUCAGUGCGCCGACCGACGCUCGGCUCCACGACCACUACAUCCCGGAGCACGAGCCGUUUUCGCGCGCACGGGGCAACGAGCUGCCGCCCGACAUCGCGGCGCACCCGCACGUGAAGCAGGUCCCGCUCCAGCUCGAUUCCGACUCUGCGUAUGGCGCCCACGCCGCGCCGACCACAGCUGAUGCGUCCGACGACCUGCCGAAGCCCGCGCCGGCGCUCCUACGCGCCAGCCCCGCGCCGGAAUUUGCGCCGACCCCGGGCAAAACACCGCCCGCUGCAUAG